AUGGGAAAGCAGGUGAAGAAAUCUGGAGGAAAGGACACCUGGCUAAACCUGUGCAUGAUCCAUCCAUUAAGGAUUCUCUUGUUGGAUCCGGGGGCCUCCGUGGCUCAGUUGAGGGAGGUUGUUGGCAGUCAGAUGAAGAUAUCAUCCUUCUUUGAGAAUGGAUCAACUAAAGAGAAUAAGCCAAAGGACAGCCUUCUGUUUCGGCAGAUUGGGGCAGGAGGGAGACAGAAAGCCUCUGGGAAAACAAUUUUAGGAAAACCAGUCACAAAAUCUGCUGAAGAUGAGAGCACCAUGACAUGUGAUGAACAGAAGAGAGUUAGUAAGGGAGAGAAUUCAGACAGUGAGAGAAAGAAUCCACACAUCAAGGAACUUUCGCCAAAACAAACUCUAGUCAUUCCUGAAACUCAGUGUCUGGAUUCUACUUCCAAAGUGGACUCAGUUUCUGAUGAUACCUCAAUUGUUGAUAAUGUGAUCAGUGAUGACAAUGAUGAUAGUCUUAUCCCAGACACACCUGAAAUUCCAGCACCCAGUCGUCCGAAGCCAUUUAAUCGUAGUUUUCUUAGACCGAUGACUCUCUUAACAAAGCAACCAGGACUGAAAACCCCGCCUAGUAAAGCAGAAGUAGAACAAAUAAGGAGGCUGGCACAGCUUAAAAGAAAAAAGCCUCAAUGUGCUGUGUCUGUGACAUUUAACUCUUCUGAAAACGGAGGGAAGGUUUUGGUUAAUGGAAAUGAAUAUAGCUCAGGUAAUUUAUUAGAAAAACCUGAUGUUGCAUCACGGAGUCCAGAGUCGCAGAAUGCUACGAGCAAGAGUCCCACGACUCCAGAGGAAAGAACGACGUCACGGAAACGAUCGGCUGUUCCAGGAAUUUCCCCUAGUCCAAAGCGUGCCUCAAAUAAACCAAUGAGAUCUGGUGAAGCUUUGUCUCCGAUUAUUUUUAGAAAGACAACUUCUUCAGUUUCCAAAGGCACAUGUCAUGAAAGAAAAUCAAGCACCCCCAAGGGAAGACAACACCAACUCUCCAGUAAGCAGGUGAAGAGGCUGAACUCUUAUCAGUGCUCCAUGCAGCGCAAAACAAAUGUUAUUGAGGACACGAGUAUAACCUGCGCUGACGAUGAUGUUUUAGCUGACAUUCUAGGAGAAUUACAUACGCAACUUAAUAAAAGUGCGCCAUCAAAAACGCAUAAAACUGUGAAGAAAAACUCACCCAGAAUCAAAAAUGGAGAAACUGCUAUUCGGAAGGAUGUUACCUCAUCUUUAGAGUGUAAAGAUGAUGUUUCCAUGGAAACUAUUCCCAUGGUAACCAGUGAAACUGUUCCCAAGGUAACCAGUGACCAUGUUGAUAAAAGAAUAUCAAACAGUCCAAAGGCUAUGAAGGGGAAUGAGCUUCCUGACGAUGAAAUUCUUUCAAACAAAAAUUUUGAUGCGAAUCCAGAUAAUGACUGUUCUAUGGAUGUGGCAGCCAAUUUACCAACACAAAGUGAAGAACUGUGUGAAGAGUUCAAUUCUCUCUCACCUUUCAAAGUCAUGUCAAGGUCGCAAGAGGAACCCAUGUAUGACCCCAGGUCCCUGACCCCACCUGCUGAGGAGUUUGGGCGCCAUAGGGUCACCUCCGUUACUUUUGACAGUCAAAGGCAGGAGUUACUUCUUGGGGUUGAAUCCAGCACUGAUUGUAUAAGAAGGAUCUGUCACUUACAAGGUUUUUGGUGUGAUACGAAGGUUCAGGAGGGUGACCUUGUCAAUAUUCUAGGUGUGACCUUUGACCCUGAAGGUCAUUGUCAUAUCACAGACAGCCAGGGUCUCAUCGUGGUCCAUCCGGAUCGUUUGAUCUCUGGAACAUCUGUAGUUUCCGGGGUGCAGUGUUUGCGCAGAUCAGUGCUGAAUGAAAUAUUCAAGGGUUGUGACAGCUCAAACAUGUACAUGUUGUAUGGUAGUAUCAUCCACUCCUUCUUUCAAGAGGCUGUACAGAAGGGUGUGUUCGAGAGUAAAAAACUGACAGAGGUUGCCAGAGGGGUCAUGCAACAGAACAAGUUCCUCCAUGAAAUGUAUUCACAAAAUGCUACUGAGGACACAGUACAGGCUGAGGUCGUCAAGUACAUUCCACCAUUCCAAGCAUGGUUGCAGAAGUUCACUAAUAUUGGCAGAUUUGCUCUGGGCUCUCAGAGACCUGAAUCUGGAAUUACGGUAACUAAAGUGAGAGAUAUUGAAGAGAACAUCUGGUCCCCAAGGUUUGGAGUGAAAGGGAAGAUUGACUUGACAGUUGAUGUUAAGAUCUGGGGCAAGUCCGGAAAAUCUGAAACAAAAGUUGUCCCCCUUGAAUUGAAGACUGGCAAGGCAACCUAUUCAGCUGAACACAAGGGGCAGGUAACUCUAUAUUCCAUGAUGAGCUCCGAUAGACGGGACGAUCCAGGCCAGGGGCUGUUGCUUUAUCUGAAGGAAGGCAGCAUGCAGGCAAUCUCAGUUAAUAACGCUAACAAAGGUGGACUAAUACAGCUUCGGAAUGACAUGAGCAACUACCUACAUCAUCGACUCCAGGCGGUAACCAGUGACGACGGCAAAGAGACGCACGUGAUUGGUCGACUCCCUGAUCCUAUCCACAGCCGUAGAACUUGUGAGAAAUGCCCGCAGAUCCUCAACUGUGCUGUCUAUUUACGAGAAUUAGAGAAGAGAGAGUUUUCUGGUGGUCAUCCAAUGACAGAGCUAAUUCCUGCAACCUUAUCACACCUGAGUGCAGCUCACCUGAACUACUUUACCGACUGGUGUCUUAUGCUGGAGCUUGAGUCUGCGCAGGGAACGGGCGGAAAAAAUGUGCAGGAAAUCUGGACACUCCCAGCUACAGAAAGGGAGAAGUCUGGUGACUGCUUGAGUGGUAUGGUACUCUCCUGUGCAGAGUGUGUGGAUAGCAACCAGUACAUUCUUACCUUCUGCCGGCAUCAUGGCCAUCCAAGCUUCCAUUCAGCUUGGUUGGAUAAGUGUGGAUUGUCCCUAAAUGACACCUUAGUGAUCAGUGCUGAAAAUAAGCCUCUGAUAGCUUUGUGUAUGGGCAUUUGUGUAAGCCUUACAAGGGACCACAUUAAAAUAUCCACUGACAGGGACUUAUCUGUACCCAGCAUGGCAGAUUUGGUGUACAGGCUUGAUAAGUGUGAUAUCUUCAACACCAUGGGGCUUUACUUUACUAACUUAUCCAGACUUAUGGCAGAUAACCCAGUCAGUGGUAACCUUAGGAGAUUGCUGAUUGACGUUGACAAGCCAUUGUUCUUACCAACAAUGUCAAAAGGUGUUAUAGAGAAAGUUCGUUCAGUAUUCAAGUCAUUAAACAAGCCCCAGAAGACCGCUAUACUAAAGGUGUUGAUGUCUAAAGAUUACAUACUUAUUAAAGGCUACCCUGGAACAGGGAAAACAUCAACCAUUGUGGCUCUAGUCAAGAUUCUGAAGCUCCUUGGUCAUUCUGUACUUCUGGCCAGUUACACUCACUCGGCUGUCGACAACAUUCUUCUCAAACUGAAAAGGGACGGGUUGAAGUUUCUGCGUCUUGGUAGAAUCGCCCGCAUCCAUUCAGCAAUUCAUCCAUUUGCUGCCGAGAAUCUGGUGAAGAAUUUGACGAGCGUAGCUGAUUUGCGCAGUUUCUAUGCAGCACAGGACAUAGUUGCGACGACCUGUUUGGGUAGCAAUCAUGUGACCUUCAGUCAGCGUAAGUUUGACGUCUGUAUCGUGGACGAGGCGUCCCAGGUCUUGCAGCCUGCCUGUCUGGGUCCACUGUUCUCUGCUGACAGAUUCGUCCUGGUUGGAGAUCAUAAACAACUUCCUCCCGUCGUUCAGAGUAGAGAAGCCAAGAACCUGGGUAUGACAGACAGUUUGUUCAGUCGGUUAGACACCUCAGGUGUCACAUAUGAGCUCAAUCUUCAGUACAGGAUGAACAGCCCUAUCAUGGAACUGAGCAAUGAACUAAUCUAUGGAGGGGCUUUGAAGUGUGGGAACGAAUCUGUAGCCACUUCCCGUUUGAAGCUUUCAGCAGCUUCUGAGAAACUUCAGAAAAUGUCCAGUGUAUCAUGGAUCGUGACCUCACUGAGUGAGAAGAUUGAACACGCAGCCAUCUUUCUGGACACAAACAAGGUUCCUGCUCCAGAGAGCAAAGACUCAACUGGUUUGAUCAAGAACGAUGUGGAAGCAGAAUUAGUGACAGUUCUGGUGAAGGCGUUUGUCAUGGCUGGAGUUGAUCCUGAUGAAAUUGGAGUUAUCGCCCCUUAUAGGAAUCAAGUCAAAGUUAUACAGUCUAUGUUGAACUCUUGUAACCAUGGUGACAUAGAGGUGAACACUGUGGACCAAUACCAAGGCAGAGACAAAAGUGUUAUUAUUAUCUCCUUUGUGAAGAGUUCCACAAGUGAUAAUGCUGCUGCAGGAGAGCUCCUCAAAGAUAUCCGCAGACUGAAUGUUGCAGUGACACGAGCUAAGCAUAAACUGGUUCUUCUUGGUGACAGGCAGACACUGAACCUGUAUGAACCGGUUCUGAAGAUUCUGUCUGUGGUGGAGAAAAACAACCAGAUAAUUGCCUUACCGGAAGCUGCUCAUAAGGAUCUUCAUCUGCAGUCAUCUUAA